CUCUCUCUCUCACAUAAAUCUGCAAUCAGGUAGAAAACCCCAACACGUUAAGAGUUUCGCCGACGUUGUCCCAACUCCGUCAGCUCAGAACUACUUCCGUUGCUUCCCAUCUCAAUCUCAGAUCAUUCAGAGUAAUUGCUACAAUGGGAAAGAAAAACAAGGAGGAUAUUGGUGCAACCACAAAGGUUAAGGGAAGCAGCAAAGAUGUUUCUAAAGAUGGGAAGAAAGAAAAGUUCUCAGUCUCAGCCAUGCUUGCCAGCAUGGACCAGAAACCUGAUAAACCUAAGAAGGGUUCAUCCUCUUCAACUGCUACCUCUGUUAAACCCAAGCCAAAGGCUGUUUCAUCUUAUACUGAUGGGAUUGACCUUCCACCCUCUGAUGAUGAGGAUGACAUUUAUGGAUCUGAGGAAGAGCAACAACAGCCUGACCUCAAGAAACAAGUUGAUAGACAGCAGAGGAAUGACCUCAAACCACUUGGUACCUCUGUAACUGACAAGGAAUUGAAGAAAAGAGAAAAGAAGGAAAUGCUUGCCGCUCAAGCUGCAGAGCAUGCAAAACAGGAGGCCCUUAAAGAUGAUCGUGAUGCUUUCACUGUUGUUAUUGGUAGUCGUGCUUCUGUCCUUGAUGGUGAGGAUGAAGGAGAUGCCAAUGUUAGAGACAUAACAAUAGAUAAUUUCUCUGUAUCUGCUCGUGGGAAAGAACUUCUAAAGAAUGCAUCAGUGAAGAUAUCUCACGGGAAGAGAUAUGGUUUGGUUGGGCCAAAUGGUAUGGGAAAGUCGACUCUGUUGAAGCUUCUUGCUUGGAGGAAGAUUCCAGUGCCAAAAAAUAUUGAUGUGCUUCUGGUUGAACAAGAGGUGGUUGGUGAUGACCGAACUGCUCUUCAGGCAGUUGUUUCUGCUAAUGAAGAGCUGGUCAAACUCCGAGAAGAAGUUGCAGCUUUGCAGAAUUCAUCUUCUGUUGCUGGAGGGGAGGAUAAUGAUGAUGUUAAUGGGGAUGAUACUGGGGAAAAGCUUGUUGAACUUUAUGAGAAAUUGCAGAUAUUAGGGUCAGAUGCUGCUGAGGCUCAGGCUUCAAAGAUUCUUGCUGGGUUGGGUUUUACCAAGGAAAUGCAAGGUCGUCCUACCAAGUCAUUCAGUGGUGGCUGGAGGAUGAGAAUAUCUCUUGCAAGGGCACUUUUUGUGCAGCCAACUCUUCUAUUGUUGGAUGAACCCACUAAUCAUCUAGACCUUAGGGCUGUUCUCUGGUUGGAGGAGUAUUUAUGUCGAUGGAAGAAAACACUGGUUGUUGUUUCACAUGAUAGAGAUUUUCUUAACUCAGUAUGCACUGAAAUCAUUCAUCUACAUGAUUUGAAGCUUCACUUCUACAGAGGAAAUUUUGAUGAUUUUGAAUCAGGAUAUGAGCAACGUCGUAAAGAGAUGAAUAAGAAGUUUGAGAUUUAUGAGAAGCAGGUGAAAGCUGCUAAAAGGUCAGGGAAUCGGGUUCAGCAGGAGAAGGUAAAAGAACGAGCUAAGUUUGCUGCAGCCAAGGAAGCGGCAAAGAGCAAGGCAAAGGGAAAGGUUGAUGAAGAUGAAGCCCCAGCAGAGGCCCCAAAGAAGUGGAGAGACUACAGCGUGGAGUUCCACUUCCCUGAACCUACUGAGCUGACACCACCUCUUUUGCAGCUAGUAAAUGUAACCUUCAGUUAUCCAAAUCGGGCGGAUUUUAGGCUUUCAGAUGUUGAUUUGGGUAUUGAUAUGGGAACCCGUGUGGCCAUUGUUGGACCUAAUGGAGCUGGGAAAUCUACACUUUUGAAUCUUAUUGCUGGUGAUUUAGUUCCAACUGAAGGUGAAGUAAGAAGAAGUCAGAAGUUGAGGAUUGGCAGGUAUUCACAGCACUUUGUAGAUUUACUGACAAUGGAGGAGACACCAGUGCAGUAUCUUCUCCGUCUUCAUCCAGAUCAAGAGGGAUUUAGCAAGCAGGAGGCUGUUCGUGCAAAACUCGGGAAGUUUGGGCUUCCCAGCCAUAAUCACCUAACUCCAAUUGCAAAAUUAUCGGGAGGACAGAAAGCUAGGGUUGUCUUCACUUCAAUCUCUAUGUCAAAGCCACACAUAUUGCUAUUGGAUGAGCCCACAAAUCAUUUGGAUAUGCAGAGCAUCGAUGCUCUGGCUGAUGCUCUCGAUGAGUUUACUGGGGGAGUUGUCCUUGUCAGCCAUGAUUCCAGGCUCAUUUCCCGUGUUUGUGAGGAUGAAGAAAAGAGUCAAAUUUGGGUAGUAGAAAAUGGAACUGUGGACACCUUCCCAGGCACAUUUGAAGACUACAAGGAGGAGCUGCAAAGAGAGAUUAAAGCUGAAGUAGAUGAUUGAUAUUUUGCUUGGUUCCAAUUCCCCUGCUACCAGUUUUCGAUCCUCUCUUGUUCUCAUUUUACCCAUCUUUUCUUAUUUAUACGAGCAAAAAAACAAAUAAUGAAUUGAGAUUAGAGUCUGAGACAUGCAGUUUUUUCAAUCUUCUUCCUUAUCUCCUAUUCUCCCUACGAGAACAAGAUAUAUGUGAGUGUAUCUGUAUUGCGGAUGUGUCUGAACUUAAAAUCUAUGACCUUUUCCCCCAUUUGCAGACUCAGCACUUUUCUGUGAAUGCUAUUCAUAAUCUGAGUUAAAUAUGCUUGCUUGCAUUUUUUAUGUUCGCUAUAUGUUUGGGUCGGAUUCUUAACUUCUGGCUUGCUCUGAAUAAAAUACAGUGAAAAUGUAAGAAAACAAUCUCUGGUUUGCUCAUGUUUUGAGAUUCUUUGCCAUGUUAAUUUGUUCUUUGCAAUUUUGUCUAGCACAAAUUGAUUGUGAUGCAUGGUUUUGCUUGUCAUAUGCUGAGGAAAUUAACAGUCAUUGUGUUU